GCGACGGCGGAGAGGGGCCGCAUCUCGGUCUCAAUCUGCUCCAAAAAGAAAGCAAGACAAGAAGGAGAAGGCCAAGGAGAAGCCUGCGCCAGCCCCUCGGCGGACACCAACGCCAUCACCAGCCAGGUCUGAGUCUCAAAAGAACCUGUCUGACUAUGAAGGGGAACUGUCCAGGUCGCCAUCCAGGCCGGCCAAGCGACGAGCACCGUCUCGGUCACCCGAGCGUGUGCCGCCGACCCAGUUCGAGGACUAUGAGCCGGCUGGGGAUGGCAGUGGCUGGUAUGUCUACAAAAAGACUGGAAAGUGGAAGUUUCACCCGGAAACGGGCCUUUACUUCCACUUGAAAACGCAGGUGUACUACACGCCCAAGGAAAGUGAUAAUCGCUUCUUCAGAAGGAUCGACGACGAUGACGAUCCUUUGGUGAAAAAGAUGAAGCAGUCUGAAGAGAUGAGAAAAGCCAUCUCUAAGACCGAAUUCGUCAAGUUCGAAGUGGAGGGAGCUCAGGCGGAAGAUGGCCCUCGUGUUGAAGAGCCCGCACCUGUGCCGAAGGCGCCGGAGAAGGAGGAAAGAAUGGAAGGGCGGGUCAACAAAUGGGACUCGGAGAAGGGCUUCGGCUUCAUCAUGCCGGCCGGGAAGGAGGAGGGCGGAGAAGUCGGCAAAGGCCUCUUUGUCCACCGGAAGUUCAUUGUCGGCAGCACUCCGACCAAUCCCAUCAAUCUGAAGGAGGGCGUCAAGGUCAGCUUCAAGCAAGGUACACAGGACAGCAAGCCCUGUGCGCUAGAGGUGUUGAUGUUGGGUGCGGAUGGCAAGCCGCUUCCCAUUCACGCUGGUGCCCAGACGCUGGAGGAGAAGAAGAAGAGCUACCACGUCUCGGCGGAGUCACUUGGUCUUCGCGUUCACUGCGAAAGCUGGCCUGGGCUCAAGAAGACCCUCCAGGACCGAUAUGUUCUGGACGAGCCGCUCGAGGAGCUGGGCGUGUACUUUGCCGUUCUGGACGGUCAUGGUGGAACGCAGGUGGCGGACAUGGUCAAGGAGAAGCUGCAUAAGAAUGUUCUUCAGCAAAUGAGGCAGAAGCAGGUGCAGCCUGCGUCUCGGGACGAAAAGAUCAAACUAGCGAUUAAAGAGGCUUUCCUCCAAACAGACAAAGAAAUCUUGGCUUUGGCGGAGCGCAAGAAGUUCGAGCUUGUUGGCUCCACCUGUGUUUCCGUGAUCCUCCACGGCAAUCCGAAGUUGGGCACAGCCUUGCGACUGGUGGUGUCCAACCUUGGAGACUCGCGGGCCGUGCUUUGCCGCGCAGGGCAGGCUGUGCCAGCUUCGGACGAUCAUCGGCCGACUCGAAUUGAUGAGAAGAAGCGCAUCGAGCGAGUGGGUGGUCUCGUUUUGCAGGUUCGUGGUGCGUGGCGUGUUGCCACCUCGACGAACCCCAACUCAAUGAACAAGGCAGCCAGGAGAGAAUACCAGGGCCUGGCCAUGACACGCUCUUUCGGGGACCUGCAUUUCAAGCGGCCAAUUGGAUUGGCAAUCGCGGAACCCGAAGUCCGGAUCGUCCCCCUGUCGGACAAGGACCUGUUCAUAGUAUUGGCGACGGAUGGUGUCUACGACGUCCUCAGCAACCAGGAAGUUAUCGACCUGGCUGCGAGGCACUGGCGAGAGCCGGAAGAAGCCGCAAAGAACAUUGUCCGAUCAGCCUACAAACGCGGCAGCGAGGACAACCUGACCGUCUUGGUGGUGCAAUUUGGUGGGACCAGCUGA